CAUUGCUGUGUUUAGCGGAGAGAGACCCGAGAGCAGCAGUGAUGCCAGUGUAGGAUGCUCGAUACACGGAUAAUCUUAUAUACGCGUGUGUUUUCACCACAGUCCUUUAAAUAGAUCCGGAUACAUCAGAGACAGGUGUGUUCAUCGUAGCACUGCGUCGCAUGACCUUGCGCUGAAUGUCAUUAGAAAGGGAUUUUAAUCUCGCUACGAAAACUAGAAAUUGAGAGAUGGAUAUUGUAAAGCAUAUAAUCAACGACACCAUUGAAUUCUACAAAUGGAGUCUUACCAUUGCAGACAAGCGUGUGGAGAAAUGGCCUUUGAUGGACUCCCCUCUCCCCACACUGGCUAUCAGCUCUACCUACCUACUCUUCCUCUGGUUGGGUCCAAAGUACAUGCAGGGGAGAGAGCCAUUCCAGCUGAGAAAGACCCUCAUUGUCUACAACUUUAGCAUGGUCAUCCUUAACUUUUUCAUAUUUAAAGAGCUCUUCCUGGCUGCACGGGCAGCCAACUACAGCUACAUCUGUCAGCCUGUAGACUAUUCUGAUGAUCCUAAUGAAGUGAGGGUGGCUGCAGCAUUGUGGUGGUACUUUAUCUCCAAAGGUGUGGAAUACCUUGACACAGUGUUUUUCAUUUUACGCAAGAAAUUUAUCCAAAUCAGCUUCCUGCACGUCUAUCACCACUGCACCAUGUUCACUUUGUGGUGGAUUGGCAUCAAAUGGGUUGCGGGUGGACAGUCAUUUUUCGGGGCUCAUAUGAAUGCAGCCAUACAUGUUUUGAUGUACUUGUAUUAUGGUCUGGCUGCAUUCGGUCCAAAAAUACAGAAAUAUCUGUGGUGGAAGAAAUAUCUGACUAUCAUCCAAAUGAUCCAGUUUCACGUCACCAUCGGCCAUACUGCUUUGUCACUGUACUCCGACUGCCCAUUCCCAAAGUGGAUGCACUGGUGUCUAAUUGGAUACGCCCUGACCUUCAUCAUCCUCUUUGGGAAUUUCUACUACCAGACAUACCGCCGUCAGCCCCGUCGUGAACGCACGUCCAGGUCCAGCAAAGCCCUUUCCAAUGGAGCCUCUAAUGGAACCCCGGCAGCCAGUAAUGGAAACCCCACCAAGAUGGACGAGAAGCCAACUGUGGCUGAAACCGGGAGGAGAAAGCGGAAGGGCAGAGCAAAGCGUGAAUGAAUCCAGAGCAGGGAGAGAAGCAGACACAGGCAGACCUCCACACAGAGAGCUGAUAGCAUUGAUGGAGUCCAUCAGGUGGUGUGUAUUGGCUCAGAUCAAUCCAAAAUUGUUACGAACAAACAGUAUGCUGAGCUUCUGCAUCAGAGGGGGAGAAAUCAGAGUCUAGAUAUUGCGAGACUGGAAACUUGUGAUUAAUUUAUGAGAGGAUCUUAUCAAUGUGGAGUAUAUCAUUCCUUAUCACCAGUCCUUAUAUUUGUUACAUUAAUAUAUGUAUCUGAUCUGUGUCUCAUCAUUGUUAAAUUAUUAUUAUAAUAAUGUCAAGAUCUUAAGUUUUUUCAUUAUUCAAUACAGUGUCGGGCAAAGUCAGAUACCAAUAGAGAAGUGCUUUUGUAUUCUAUUUGUCAGACAAAUCUUUUUGUGAUAAAUGUUAUGGCCAUAGAACAAUUUGAGUGAAAUUUUAAUUGACAGAAAUGUUGGAAUUUUUUAUUAUUUGGUAUUCCCCCUUUUGCAUUGGUGAGCAUUCACUCAAGCCAGAAUGGAAGAAAGAAAGUCUGAUAAUUUAUAUCAUAUCAGUAUGAUUUGUAUAUGUCAGGGCGCAUCGUGUGUUCUUCAAUGGAAGUUGAAAAAUCUGAGUUACGUAAUAUAGACGUUUCAAAUGUGCAUAUUGGAUCAGUGACAUAGUUUUUCCUCAUUUCAUAUCACAACUUUCCUUCGUUCAAAGUGUUUCAAAUUCAAAAGCAUUCUGUUUAUCUUUAGGUUCAAAUGUGAAUAUUUUAGAUGUUCAAUUUAGUCUAAAACUUAUGAGCCCUACUGUGUAUCCAUUCUUUUACAUGUUUAUGUAUCUGAACUUUCACGUUUCUUGUAAGGUGUCAAUUAAAAGCUGUUAAGGUGCUGGGGUUAUAUAUUAUGGCAAUAUUAUGAUGCAUUCAUCAUGUGACACUGCAAAAUCACUGCGGAUUCUUAGUUAUAGGGAAACCGCUAUAAUGCAUUUUUUUUCAUCCAAUACAUCCUGAUUAUAUUAUAUCAUUAUAUUUUUUGUCUGAUAUGUGUUUAGAUUGCCAAACCGAAAUUGUAAAUUUAAGACAAAAUAUGAUAUUUACACUAGAAAAGAUCAAUAACUGUUUUAUGGGAAUAUGCCCUUAUCUGGACAAAUCAGAACAAUACUAAUAAUGAAAAAAUAGCCAAUAUAAAGGGAUAACAGUAAAUUAAACCAUGCAGUAUACUGUUAGUCCUUAUUAAAUGUGUUGACAUUCUCAUAUUUCAUGGUUAUUGAAAAACAGUUGUAAGGAUCAGCUUUAAUGAUCAUUAAGAAAACGAUAUCCUUGGAAAAAGGGAAAAUAAAAGUGUGAAAAAUGUUUGGAGCUGUAAUACUGCAUUGUACAUAAAGGCUUAUGAUCCUUCAUCAACAGAACUUUUAAUUUGAAUAGUUUUGAAUCCUGAAAUACAUCAUCUGCUUCAUCUCAAAUUGUUUUAUAAUGUAUAUUCUGUGCAAUUUUGUACAUUGUGCUUUUAAAAAUUCAAUAAUCAACAACUCUGGCUUUAGUUUUGUUUUUAAAUGACAAAUAUACAUUGUAUAUAAAAUAAAUUGUAUGCUAAUGCA